AUGUCCCAAUGGCGAGUGACAGCCGCGCAGCCGCUCCGGGACAUCGAAGGCCUCGACCACGAGCGAUGCGCCGCCCUGCACAACCUCAUCAUUGAGCGAGGCUGGACCGCAAGCGGCCGCCGCCUGAGCGAUCUCGACCGCCGGCCCUGGUGGGAAUGUUAUGGCGGGGACGCGCAACUAUGGCCUCACGCUGCCAGGUUGAGCCCUUCUCUCGUUGCCUUUCUCCAAGCGGCGUGGCACGGCUACACAGUGACGGCACAGCCCCAGCACGCAUUCUUCAGAUACCUUUUCGGGCUCGGCUCGCCGAAUGAUCUCUGGGAGCACGCCAACUAUGGCGACGACGAGGACGACUCCAACAAGAGGCGCUACGUGAAGCUCUACAUGGCGAACUGGGCGCUGGGCGCCAGCCACCCCCUGGGCCUCAUUUUCGACCAGGACACGUCGACGGCGAUGCAGCACAUGUCGAUCCAUGACACGAGCGUCACGAUGAAUGGUCGACAGGAGUGGCUGCCCCUGGAGCUCAUUCUCGAAGCCUUCCUGGACAUGAUGGACCAGGGCAAGGCGCUUGCGGUGGGCUCGUCCUACGAUGGAGAGCAAGAGAGGAUAGACUCUUGGAUCAUGCCCUCUUACACGGAGUGCGACUUGGACGAGGCUCUCGAAGCCUUUAACCGACUGACGCGGGCGAUCGAAGCUCGUAUGCCUGGACCAUAUUGCGCCGAAACGCACCACCUUGGGGAUAUCCUCAAGUCGAGCACGCUCUCCCCAAACAGCUUUGCAGGCCGGUUCCUGGCACAGGCGCGGCAAGUUCGAUUUCGCUAUAUUGCACCUGGCCUCCGUAUCGCCCGCCAACAGCCAUUCUCUUCAGUUAAUGUUGAAGAGGGAGAGUUGUGGCCUAUACUGCUGUUUGAGAGCAGCCAGGAAGCUCAUCAAGACACGCGACAAUCGCCAUGGGGAGAAGAAGUCGUCAUAUCACCCUUCCCGCCGCCUUUUCAGGAGGUAACAAACUAUCCUGCCGGGGUCUAUCUGACGGAGACGGAUCCGCAUGGCAAGCAUCCGUUUGAAGACGGUUGCUUGCUAAUCCUGCCGUAUGCCAUCGGCGAGAAUGGCUGGGCUCGGACGAGUGACGGGGCGCUAUUUGGGGAGGAGACGCAUGCUAGAGGGUCAGUCGCGGAGCCGGGGGGGAGUAGCACGGAGUUGUAUCAGCAGGGAUUCAACCCUUUCAUACGGGGGCACGAUGUGCAGCUGAAGCAUUUGCUGGGGCAUUGGACGGAGAUGGUGGAGAGUGGGAGGUGGGCGAUGGAUGGUGAGGGCGUGGCUGGGGGGGUUGAGAAGUGGAGGGAGGCUGAUACGGAGGAAGUAUGUCGAAAACCGGCUCCGUAA